AUGAGUACCGAAGAAAAUUCAUCAGUAAUAGUGGUGAAAGCAAAACCAGUGAGGAAAGUUUACAAAGCAGGAGCUGUUCGUGUAAAUAAAAUUCCUCAAGAAUUAUUAAAUGAUCCAAUAUUAAAUGCUGCUAUUGCAGCGUUACCUGAAAAUUAUAAUUUUGAAAUUCAUAAAACAAUAUGGAGGAUAAGAGAAUUAAAAGCAAAAAGAGUUGCUCUGCAAAUGCCAGAAGGUCUUCUACUGUACGCAACGACAAUUGCUGAUAUAAUUCAAGAUUUUACUGAGGCUGAAGCUGUCAUCAUGGGUGAUGUUACUUAUGGAGCGUGUUGCGUUGAUGAUUUCACAGCCCGAGCGUUAAACAUAGACCUGUUAGUCCACUACGGCCACUCAUGUUUGAUUCCAAUCGACCAAACUCAAGGCAUCAAAGUUUUAUACAUAUUUGUGGACAUUAAAAUUGACACUGCACAUUGUAUAGAUUGUCUAAAAGCAACCUUGCCAGUAAUAACAAAAAUUGCUCUUGUGAGUACAAUUCAAUUUGCUGGAACUUUACAAGUAAUUGCCAAAGAAAUGAGGAGUGCUGGAUAUGAAACUACUGUCCCUCAAAGUAAACCUUUGAGUCCUGGAGAGAUCUUGGGUUGUACUGCGCCACAAAUCCGGUGCGCAGAUGUUUUAAUUUACGUCGGCGAUGGUAGAUUUCAUUUAGAAGCCGCUAUGAUCGCAAAUCCAAAGCUCCAAUCCUACAGAUAUGAUCCUUAUGAAAAAAAACUAAGUGAAGAAUUUUACGAUCACGAUACAAUGCGAAUGGUGAGACAAAACGCUAUUGAAAAUGCCAAAGGUGGGCAAACAAUUGGUCUUAUUCUUGGGACACUUGGUCGUCAGGGUAAUCCAAAAGUACUGGAUUCACUUGAAAAGAGAAUAAUUACCUCAGGAAAAAAGAAUGUUAAUAUAUUGAUGUCUGAAAUUUUUCCUGAUAAAAUAUCAAUGUUUUCCGACAUUGACGCUUUCAUACAAAUAGCGUGUCCACGAUUGAGUAUUGAUUGGGGAACAGCGUUUACUAAACCUUUCUUAACUCCUUACGAAGGAGCUGUUGCACUGAAUCUUUCGAAAUAUGACCUGGAAAAACCUUAUCCAAUGGACUUUUACGCUUCAUCAAGCUUAGGACCUUGGACUCCUAAUCACAAACCACAAGAGCUUGAAAAGCAAAGUGAUGCUUGUUGCGGAAAAUACAAUUUUUCAAUUAUCGGAGCACUUCAGCAAAAAACUUCUGAAGAGUCGCAGAAUAGCCCUGAAGGAUUUGUUGUACGAACAUCACCAGUUUUUCCCUUGUUAUUUUUCCUCUUGAAUAAGCAGACACUGCAUUCAUGA